AUGGGCAUCCAUGCUGUUAGCGUCAUGCUAGAGGCUCUCAAUAGAGAUGCCCAACAUGCUACUAUCGCCAAGUUCAUUCAAAAUGAACUUGACGCAGAACGCGAGAAAGUAGCCUUGCUUCACCAACAAGGUUCUCAGCAAGCAGAGUUGUUGAUAGAACAGGGUGCUCAACAGUUUGAACUGUUGAGACAGCAGCAGGCUGCUGCUGGUGGGUCGAUGCACUCGCGACGACCCGAAACCUUGAAGAUUGACAUCUCCAAGUAUAGGGGAGUCGAAGAGGACUCCCUCUUGAGAUGGUUCGUCGAAUUGGAUGACGCGAUAAGGGCGCGUCGCAUCGACGACGGGGAUAUGCAAGUUGCAUUUGACCAGUCAAUUCUGGCAGAACGUGCCAAGACUUGGGCACUGGGACUCAAGUUGCACGACCCAUAUGCGUUUGGGUCGUUAGAAGUCUUCAAGUCGCGGAUCAGACAAACGUUUGAACCGCCUAGAGCUGAGUUCAAAGCUUGA